CACUCCGGAGUCUGGUUGGGCACGCGCAGACAGGGAACUUGCUAGACGUCCAGUUGGCAAACUGACGAAGUUGUCUUCGGAAACUUGAAGGCUCACAAAUAAAACCACUAUGACUUCGACGAACAUGUUUCAAGGGUUGGAUACUGGUACAAAACCAAGUUCAAGGGUUUUGCAGCCUCCUGGAGGUGGCUCCAGUAACCUGUUUGGUGGCUUCGAAGAAGAUUCUGCACCAUCAAGAAGACCGAAUAAGAUGGCCUCUAAAGUUUUUGCUCCAGCAGAGCCGCCCCAGAGUGUACCCAGGCGCUCCAAUCCUCCAGGUGGGAAGAGCAGCGGAAUAUUUGGAGAACCUGAACCUCCAGCUCAAUCACAGAGACCCAUCCCUCCAGGUGGGCAGAGCAGCAACAUAUUUGGGGUUGCAGAAAGGGCACCUGCCCCAAGCUCAAGCAGGGGUCACCCAAAUAAGCCAAAGGACAAUCUAAGUGUGGGACCUGAACCUGAAUCACCAGCACCCGAACCCAAGGUCAGUCAACCUGAGGUGAAGGAGGAAGCUGCCCCUCCAGCUCCCGUGCCAGCCAAAGAAGAGCCUGUUGCGGUCUCAGCCCCUCCAGAGCCUGAGCCCUCUUCUUCCCCUUCCUCUUCCUCAGCUCCCGAUGAGAGAGAUGAGACUACUGGUAUGAAGAAGCACGAGCCUCAUCUGGGACCCAAGCCUCGCUCUCACAACAGGGUCCUCAACCCCCCCGGAGGAAAGUCUAGUGUGGUAUUCUACUGAUGAGCUGAACACACCACUCCGACCUGUCUGUGUCCAUACACUCCUCGUCUGCUCCUCUGUUGACCUUCUCUCAUUCCAACUCCCCCUCUCCCCACUGGUCUUUCACCCGUGCAUCUCAUAGCAGACAGGAAUUUUUGUUCUUCACACCAGAUUCCUAGUCAAACAUGUUGUCCUCAACUUCUUGCACUUUCAGCCCUUUUUCUGUUGAAGCUCUUUGUUCAGAUCUUGAUAAUCUUCUUCACUGAAACCUGCAGUUAUACAAUCACCAACUGAUCAAUCAACAGGCUAGCUAUUGCCCGAUAACUGUAACUGUGACACUGUUCAGUCUCAAUAUUGCGGUUACUGUUUUUCACUGUGUCUGUGUUUUUCAGCAUGUUUAAAUGCAGUUGGGUUUAAGGCACAAUUAUUUGUCGUUUUUUGGAAAAGUUUUUGCAUCUCAAGAAUGGUUAAGACGUUGGAGUGCUUGUGCGAUGUUCAGCUUUAAACAGUCCUAGAUUCCAAUUAUUUGGUGUAACCGUAAUCCUCGCGUGAUAAAUUCAACUCAAAUGUCAGGGUGAUUUGUUUUAAACCUUAAUGUGUUCAGUCAGAAGGGGGUGAAUAAGUCUUUUCACCAAUGUAAUAUGUAAAAUGUUUCAGGGCGUUCCACUAGUGCCAAAUCCUUACUGGAUGAUGACAUAGAACCUUUUUUGUUUGGCAGUUUUUCAAAAUAAUGUUUUAGACAACAACCAAUGACCGUAUAAUCAGAAGCCUUACGUCAGCUAAAUAUAUUUCAUCUUUCUUGCCUUCUCAUGAAUUACUCCUUCAUGGUUUCCUUCUCUAGAAUACCAAAAUCGACUUCGAAACAAAGAUGAAUGCGAUUGUUGACUCCCCAAUGUUUCCGCUUCCUUAAAGAAAUUCCAUUUUGAUUUUAUGCGAUUGUAUUAUGUAGGUGCUUUUCUGCUUCGUCCUCAUUGCUUGCUUUAUCUGAGAACAUGCCUUUUUUUUUUUUUGCUUGGGGUAGGCCUUUGUUUAUGUUUUAAAUUAAAACGGCUGAAGACAAGUGAACUCUGGACAAGCGUGUGGCCUACCUGAGUCCAGGUGGGCUCAUUGAUAAUCACCUUUUCACCCACUUCAUGACGCACAUUCAUGGUAUUCUGGUGCCAGCCUGUCCCCUGUGUGUUGAUGUGCCUGGCAGGCAAUGAGUGCAGCAGAAAGAAAUCCUGUGUAUUGCAAUAAAACUGUUGUUUUGCAUUUAGA